CCAUUUUGUUGUGGCUCGAAAGUGAACCCAAAACACCAACAUAACAACAACACCCCCCCAUACGAGAAGAGCCGACUCUAGAGCUUUGCCAUUAGAGCUUAAGAUGGUUGGUGGGUUGAGUGAGAAGGGGGUAGACACAUGAAGCCGCAAGAAUCCGAGCCCAAGGAAAUGGUGGGGGGCUGCUGCGUGUGCUCGGACGAGAAUGGAUGGACGGAGAAUCCCCUCGUGUACUGCGACGGCCAAGGGUGCAAUGUGGCCGUGCAUCAGGCCUGCUAUGGCAUAGUAACAGUGCCGACAGGGGCUUGGUUCUGCCGCAAAUGUGAGAGUCAAGAAAGGGCUGCAAGGGUUCACUCAGGCGGGAGGCGCAUUUUUUCGCAGAGGUGCGAACUGUGCCCGAGUAAAGAUGGGGCCCUCAAACGCACCGACUCGGGCGGUUGGGCGCACGUGGUGUGUGCGCUCUACAUCCCCGAGGUGCGCUUCGGUAAUGUCACCACCAUGGAGCCCAUUAUGCUCCAACUCAUCCCACAGGAGAGGUUCAACAAGUCUUGCUACAUCUGUGAAGAGAGUGGCAAGGAGAGUAGAGCGAUAAUUGGCGCAUGUAUGCAAUGCAACAAGUCUGGCUGCAAACAACACUUCCAUGUGACUUGCGCCCAGUCCAUGGGGCUCCUGUGCGAAGAAGCGGGCAACUACCUGGACAAUGUGAAGUACUGUGGUUACUGUCAGUACCACUUCUCCAAGCUGAGGAAAGGAAGUCAUGUCAAGACAAUUCCCCCGUACCGUCCUGUUCCCCUUGAGGCAGGAGGGUCAGACGAGGAGAAGUCUGCAGCGUAUGAGUCUCGGGACCCUAAGAUGAAAAAGAGGACAGGGCGUCCACCAGGGGGGAGUCUGAAGCCAUCAAGCCGUGAGGGAGGGGGGAAAGUUGGGGACAUGAUGCCUUCUGCCAGUGGAAACUCUGGCUCUAGUGGCUCAGGGGACAGGCAUGACCGGGGUCAAGCAGUUGGAUCUGAGGGCCUCUCAGUGACCCCAGGGAGCUCAGGGGUUACCCUUGCCACUGGCUCAAACUCCAGUAUUCUACAAGGAAAAGUGGAAAGUGCAGCUAAAAUGUCUGAGUCCAGUCCCAUGAACAGUGCUUCCCAGGCUGUCAGUGUGGCCAAGUCGACUGCUGCCAUUACAGUCAGCGCAUACAGCUCAAAUUCCUCUUCCAGUGCUCCCCCCCUCCUCACCUCAUCCAACUCCUCAUUCUCUACCUCUCUUACAUCCGUGUCCACCUCCUUCCCCCAGGUGGUACCCCCUUCCACAACCACCUCCACAUCCUCCACCCCUGCUGCUUCCUCAAACUCGUCUUCAUCGUCGCUCUCAUCAGCAGCGACCCUCUCAUCACAGAGUGCCCCUGCGCAAAGCCUGUCAUCCUUACAAAUCACCCCUGUGCCAUCAUCUGCCAUCACUAGUGCCCCCUCCCUCAGUCGUCCCAAGGUCUCGGAGGCACCCCCCCAUGUCCCUGUAUCCGGGUCCCAUGAGAGUCCCAGCCAGCUGUCGGCAGUGGCCAACCCCCCCCAGGCCAACAGCCAGGCACAUGUGCCAGUACAAAGUGAAGUUAGCAAGGACAAGCAGCAGGAGCACAACCGCAAGCUGCGGCGGAAUGGGCCUCGCACACCCAGUGGGAACAGCAACUUUGGGGACACAGAGUCCAUUGUCUCGAAUGAUGAUGCUCAGUCCAGUGAUCUUGUGCUAAAUAUAUGUGAGGAAAAGAACCUUAGUGCAGAAAAGGAAUCAAACAAAGUGCCAAGUAAACCUGUGGACUCCUCAGAUGAUGGUGGAAGUCUAAACGUACAGUUCACACCCAAUGUUUCUACGCUGUCAUCAAAGGCGAGCGACCCUUUUACGCCAACUAUUGCUGAUUUUGCACCCAAUGAAAAUGUCAAGAGAGGAAGGACGAGUAGUCAGGACAGAGGUCGUAGAGCCAAGAGAGGCAUGAAUAAGCGAGGCCGUCCGGGUGGGGGUCGUGAUGGUGGAGGUCGUGAUUCUGGAGCAUCAUCACCAGACUCCUUUACCUCUGAGUCGGCUCCCCAGCCCAAACGUGGGAGAAAAAAGACAGAGAGCAAAGACCUUUUUCAUUUCAGCAACCUAGCAAGUGUCAUCACCAAUGGUGUUGGCGCUAACACACUCCUUCUUGGAAACCAGCUGAACCCAGCAUCUGCAGUUGCUCAAAAGAUGACAGACACUUUACAUGCAGAACUUGAAGCACACUCCAUUUACAAGGAUGAGGAAGAAAAGAUGACCAAUCUCCUGGUUGGUCCAGCUAUACCAGGGAAAAAGGAGAAUGCAAAUGGCAGUACAAGUGCUGCGAACAGCCAGCCACCUCCGUUCCCGCAGAGUCUGGAGCAGUUACUAGAGAGACAGUGGGAACAAGGAAGCCAAUUUCUGAUGGAGCAGGCACAACAUUUUGACAUUGCGUCACUGCUGUCAUGCCUACAUCAGCUGCGCCAGGAAAAUGUCAGGCUGGAGGAGACGGUGAGCUCCUUGAUAGCUCGCAGAGAUCACCUCCUGGCUGUCAACGCCCGCCUCUCCGUGCCACUCAACUCCCCCUCGACGGCUAACGCCAACGCUUCAUCCAAUGCCAACCCAACCCCAUCCUCUGUGUCAGGCUCCUCGUCCUCGUCCUCGUCCUCCUCCUCGGCUCCCCCUCCCCAGCCACCCUCAGCAGCGACAGCCCAUGCCCCUAACCCAAGACCCCCUAGCAGUGGCUCAGCCCCUGCACCCCCUCCCCCAAGGCCUCACUCGCAGGGCCACCAUCCCCCAGGAGGCAGCACACAUCCCAGUGGUACCACCCCAGGUGGAGGCAGCUCAGGCCACAGGGGAGCCUCCCCCCAUGACCGGCGUGGCCCAUCACCCCAUGAAAGGAGGGGUACCUCUCCUCAUGACCGCCGGGGCCCACCUCCACCCUUACCCGUAGAGAAUGGCCUGGGGGAACCAGAGUACCGCUAUCGGAGCCCUGGGACGGAGCACAGACAACAGUCCCCGAUGCUGCCUCCAGGAGCACAGCCCAGUCCGACAUCUUUGAGACACAGUCCUGCAGGGGGCAACUACCACACGAGUGUGUCGCCACAUGGUGUGGCGUCCCUGAGCCCCUCUGGUGCCCCCCACAACCACCCUCCCCCAUCUCAUGGCCCCCCUCCCCCUCACUCAAUGGCUCCCUCACAUGGGCCACCAAGCCACAGCUCCCCACAUGGCCCCCAACAUGGGCCGCCUCCCCAUGGACCUCCCCAUGGCCCCCCUCAUGGACCACCUCCCCCCAUGGUAUCAGUAGCGCACAGCUCAGCCCACAGUGUCCCUAUUAGCCGGCCAUCCGACCACCGGGGUGAGCUGGUCAGGUUGCAUGGGGGGCAGCCUCCACCUCAGCACCCAGGCCCUGCCCUGGGCCCUGGUGGCUACCCUGUGUACCAGAUGGUGUCGCCGCCAGUGCCCGGCCCACAUCACUCGCCCGUGCCGCCUCUUAACCAGCCUCAUCCUCCCCCUCAUGCUCAAGUGAUGCGGCGGGACAUGGUUGAAUCUGGCCGCGGUGCGCCCAGCUCAUUGGAGAAGAGAUGACAUAGAGACUCUUGGGCUAGAUCCAGAAGAUAACAACUGGAGAGAAAAGCUUUGAAGGUCGGCUAGCCCCAGAACCUUGACACUGAGGCUCAUUGGGUCCGACCUCUGCUAGUGCUUAUCCAUGUAGCCCUCUCACUGUGCCACCCCUGCCUUUCCCCUGCUGCUGUAAUGGGAACCAAGGCAGGGUUGGGCAGGCCUUUCCAUGAUCAGGGAAGGCCUCCAGAAUUGGUCAGAAAGUAUGGCCAUAGACUUACUUGACUGUAGUGUGCUUCCACAGUUCACAAAACUCUGGGGAGAAAAAUCCAUAGGACGGUUCUUCCAAUCCACUGUGGACCUACACUGUCAAUUUAUGAAAGAAAAAAGGAAAACAGAAAUAAAAAUAGGAAGAAAGCAGAAAAAAGAGAAAGAAAGAGACUUCUUUUGCUUUUUGAGCACAGGCCAUUUCAUCUAAUGAGCCUUUGAAAAAUUACUCUGAUUUUAUAAGUAGUGAUAAGUAUUGGUUUUAGAUGGUUAACAAUGAUCUCGUGCAAGUUUCUUCGCUUCAGUGCAUCAGUAUGUAACCAUAUUUAAUUCCAGCCUAGUUUGUAGUGAGAAAAAUUAAGUUUUACCUCGGAAGGGAAGUUUUGAGUCACACCAUCGUGUUUAGGGAAUAAGUCGCAGACAUUUGAUACAAUUUUGGUACUAAGAGCAGAAGUGUAAGUUAGAGGGUAAAGUACAAAAGCCACUUGUAGUCACGUAUGAUCUGUGUUGUCCUUUACUAUGCUUUGAGUGAAAUUUUUCGAUGUUGUCUUUUUAAGUAUUGAUUUGUCGCCUUUUUUUUUUUUUUUUUUUUUUUUUUUAGAUUUUUAAUUAUUAUUAUUAUCAUUAUUAUUAUUAUUAUAGUGAUUAUUAUUAUUAUUAUAAAUAUUAUUAUUAUGUGUAAAAAAAAGUUAUGCCACUUCAUUAACUGUAAGUGACUGUUUAUGACAAAUCAUUGUUUGUCGUGGAAUCUACCCAAUGUCCAUGGUUAUUUAUAAGAGAAUAAGGCAGUAAAGUUAAACAAUAGAAAGUCUUCAGUACUUGGUAAUUAAGAGUGAGUGAAUGAGUGAGUAUAAACACACACACACACACACA